GAAUCCACUCUUCCCCAGAACAAUGGAGCAGCGUGUGGCUAGCCAGCCCGGCUGCACUGCCUGCCGAGGAGCCUCAGGCUCCGUCUCUACUCCUAUGUCUUCCCGGAUGCCUGUGUCCAGUUGAGCUGAUAGGUCCUUCCCUGUCCAUGGCUAUGGGCUCUUUUCUGUUAGACUGUGGCCUGGCUGGGUAGGGGUGAAGAUGAACCUUGCAAUCUUCUGGAACCCUGACCCUGUGCAGUUUGCUUGUGCUGGGUCAGCCAUGUCAUCUGAGCCUCCCCCGCCGCCAUUGCAGCCCCCGACACAUCAGACUUCUGUUGGGCUACUGGACACUCCUCGGGCCCGGGAUCGCUCUCCAUCCCCGCUGCGAGGCAAUGUGGUCCCUAGCCCUCUGCCCACCCGCAGGACAAGAACUUUCUCGGCGACGGUGCGGGCUUCACAAGGCCCUGUCUACAAAGGAGUCUGUAAAUGCUUCUGCCGGUCCAAGGGCCACGGCUUCAUCACCCCAGCUGAUGGUGGUCCUGACAUCUUCCUACACAUCUCUGAUGUGGAAGGGGAAUAUGUUCCCGUGGAAGGCGACGAGGUCACCUAUAAGAUGUGCUCUAUCCCGCCCAAGAAUGAGAAACUGCAGGCUGUAGAGGUGGUCAUCACCCACCUGGCACCAGGCACCAAGCAUGAGACCUGGUCCGGGCAUGUCAUCAGCUCCUAGGACCUGCAAGAACCCCUUCUCCUGGGCUUGAGGGAGACUCUGGGGGGGAGGAGGAGCAGGACACUCUGGAUAUAACAUUCUACCAAGUGAGAUGGGGCCUCAAGGCCGGCAUGGCCCCUUUCAAGCAUUUCCUGGAAGAAGGGAGUUGUGGGCAGGCAGAGGGUGCUCAGCCACCAACACAGCCUCCAGCCAUUGCAACAAGCUCUCACUGUCUGAAAACAUUAAAAGCAUUUGAAAAGGAGAGGGACCUGCUGCCGUGGCUGAGUGAAGAGGGUGCAGCUCCAGCCCAGGGCGGGUAGGCUAAACCUGCUAUUUCCCCAAAUGCCCUGCCCAGGUCAGACAAACCCUAAGUACUCCUCCUGGAACUAGACAAAACCCUGGAUCUAUUUUCCCCGCUGAGGGAUGUCACCAGCCCUAUGAGACUUCCAUGACCCAAUGCCCUGUCUAACUUGGGACCAGGUUAGAUCCAUCUUCUGAUUGCCAGUCUGGCUAGUUCCAGGGAAGCCGGCUUAUGUAUGUGGGGACCUUUUCAGGGGACUUUGCCUCUUGGGGCCUUUACAACAGGUGUGUCUCUACCUUCUGGGAAAGACUCCAACCCUUAGAAGCCCCUGCUCUAGUCCAGCACUCUUUGACUCAGGACUGAUCCCCACCCCUGGGAAUGCUGGUCUUUUCUACUUGUAGGUGUAAGGUACCCCCUCUCUGUGGCAUUGAGCCUAUCAUUGAGCCAGUGCUGACGGGAGCUGUGGGGGUGAGGAAGAGGCCUCUGCAGGACCAGCUGUAGACAGGGAAGGGUGCUCUGCACUUGGGAGGCUGGAACAGUUCUAGGCCAGCCUAGGCUAGAAUCUUGUCUCCAGACAACAAGAAACAAGGGCUGGGGAUGUAGCUCAGUAGUAGUGCACUCGACGAGCGUGUGCGGGGCUCUGGGUUCCACUGCUAGCAGAAACCCCAGAACUUGGACUUUGAUGGCCUUUCACGGUUAGGAGUUGAAAGAGAAAUAUAUAUACGUUUGGUGGGGAAGCAAGGCCUCUUUAAGACAGCUCUGACAAAUACACCACACCGAGCUACAUUGAAGCCGCUGCCUGCCAGGUUUUUUUUUUUUUUUUUUUUUUUUUUGACGUAGGGUUUGCCAUAUUGCUAUAUAGCCUAGGCUAGCCUCAAACUCUUAGCACCCUUUAUGUCUUGGCUUCCUACUUCCUGGGGUCAGAGAUGUCCCUUCACACCCUGCUGACUUAUUUUAUUAAAUAGCUUAAACUCUCCCCCAGAGCCGUUUUGCCCCACACUGCAACACUGUAGAUCUGUAGGUGUUUCAAGCAAACUGCUCCUCAAACUCUUUUGGUGGUUGGCUAUGGCUUUAGUUGUGAUUUAAAAAUAAUAGUAGUUGUGUAAUGGAGUUUUUAAGUGGGAUUGAGAACUCUUGCCAGAACAGGGGUACCAAUACUGCAGAG